AUGUAUGAGGCUUUGUUGUCAUGCAGGAAGACCACCCCAGCAAAGAACAUUCCCGGGCGUUCUCUCUUGGGCGACUCCUGUAGGUGUUGGAGCGAACCUGUGCAGUACUACCUGGUGAUAAGUCCAGUGGUUCUCCAAUUAGUCUACACAGAUCUCGCGUCCGUGGCAUCCCAGAUCACUGUAGCCAUGUACCAGAGCCACCAAGUAUAUCAUACCAGAGCCAUCAAGUAUAUACCAUACCAGAGCCACCAAGUAUAUCAUUACCAGAGCCACCAAGUAUAUCAUUACCAGAGCCACCAAGUAUAUCAUUACCAGAGCCACCAAGUAUAUCAUUACCAGAGCCACCAAGUAUAUCAUUACCAGAGCCAUCACAUAUCAUACCAGAGCCAUCAAGUAUAUACCAUACCAGAGCCACCAAGUAUAUCAUUACCAGAGCCACCAAGUAUAUCAUUACCAGAGCCACCAAGUAUAUCAUUACCAGAGCCACCAAGUAUAUCAUUACCAGAGCCACCAAGUAUAUCAUUACCAGAGCCACCAAGCAUAUACCAUACCAGAGCCACCAAGUAUAUCAUUACCAGAGCCACCAAGCAUAUCAUACCAGGAGCCACUACAUAUCAUUACCAGAGCCACCAAGUAUACUUAUUACCAGAGCCACCAAAAUACCUAAGCAUAUCAUUACCAGAGCCACCAAGCAUAUACCACCAGACACCAAGUAUAUCAUUACCAGAGCCACCAAGUAUAUCAAUAUUACCAGAGCCACCAAGCAUAUCACCAGAGCCACCAAGUAUAUCAUUACCAGAGCCACCAAGUAUAUCAUUACCAGAGCCACCAAGUAUAUCAUUACCAGAGCCACCAAGUAUAUCAUUACCAGAGCCACCAAGUAUAUCAUUACCAGAGCCACCAAGUAUAUCAUUACCAGAGCCACCAAGUAUAUCAUUACCAGAGCCACCAAGUAUAUACCACAUGAAGGUCGAGAAAGUCAAAGG